CUACGGCGCAACAACAUAAGAGACAGUCAUCUUCAGACUCACCGCCGUAGUUCCGAAAGCGAGAGGGGUAUUUGGCGACUAGCGACAUCUUUCGCGUAUUGUGUGAACUUCAUGCAUCCUUCUUUCACGUAACUCUAGACAUAUAUGCAUAGGUGUCGGAGUGUUCGGUGCCCCUUCGUCUUAUAAAAGAUGUAGUAUGCUACAAGACCAACCCUCUUUAUUUUCAUGUGGCUGAGCCCGUGGUGUUUUACCUUCAAGUAAUGGAGAGUAAUCCUGAAGAAACAAAUAAAACACCUGUCACAGAAUAUGAUGUAAAACUUUUCAUAGACAAUUAUGGUGCAUCUUCCAAGAAGUCUGAAGUAUUAUACAACAAAACAACUGCAUUGAAUAGGGCGUUAAUCAGCACAGCCCUUGCUGUAUAUGCGAAGAGUGGAAAAUCUUGUUUUAAACCUGUACGGUGCCUAGAUGGCAUUGGUGCCUCAGGUAUUAUGGGGCUUCUCUGGAAGAAGCACAUUCUUGAUAAUAUAGGUGUUACGAUCAAUGAUUCAAGAACUAAAGCUUGUGAAAGGAUUAAAGAGAAUGCACAGCUGAAUGAUUUGAAUGUUAAAGUUCUAAAUAGAGAUACAUGCGCUUUACUUCAUGAACAAACCUACAAUUUUAUCUCCUUAAACUGCCACACAGUUGCUGCAUGUUAUUUGGACUCCGCGUUUCGAAACCUCCCCAAGGAUGGGAUACUGGCAAUAACUACCACUGAUGAUGCUGCACUCCAUGCCAUAACACCUGAAAUUGCAUUAAGAAACUAUGCUGGUUUUGUUACAAGAACACUCUACAAAAAAGAACUUGCAGUUCGAUUGUUUUUGGCAGCAGUAGCCAGGGCUGCAGCUCGAUAUAACAAGGGUGUCCAUGUGCUGUGUUCUGUAGCAUUCAAAUCAUCAUUCACAGUUUUAUUGACUGUUAAGCGUGGUCCAACACAUGCCAAUAAGAGCAUAAGAAAUAUCAGGAAACUCAUCCAUUGCAGUAUGUGUGAGGACAGAACUUUCUAUCCCCUAACCAACUAUCCCAUUGAGUCACCAUCAUCCUUGCUUGGAUGCGACUGUUCAAGUAAUUUGCCGGGCAAAGUCGUGCUAGAGCUAGGGCCAGUAUGGUCUGGAAGUAUUUUUAAUGAGGAGUUUCUAGUUGCUAUGUAUCAUCACAGCUGCAAGUUUCCCUGGAAAGUAAAAGCCAGUGUUCUGUUAGGGCAGUUAGUGGCUGAAGCAAGAUGUAGCAUUACGAAUGAAAACAAUUUACCACAACCACAAGGAAACAACUUUGUUGUCAAACGUGAACAUGAAACAGAAGAAGAAAAUUCAGUAAAGAGACUGAAAGUACAUAAUGAUGUGCCAUCAGAUAGGGAAAUUCUCAAUUCUGGAAAAUUGAUUUCCGUUUCUACUAUUAAAAGUGAAAAUAUGAAUCCAGUAAUUACUUUGGAUUCUGAUAAGGAUUCAGCUCCACCAUUCUAUUUCAACUUGCAUCGUCAUAGUCUUAAAGGACCACAAUUGUUACGAGUUGAUAUUGUAAUUCAGUUCUUACGAAGAGCUGGGUAUAGAGCAAGUCGAACUCAUUUUGACAGAGAAGCAGUUAGGACAAAUGCAAAUCUAUCAGAUCUCACUAAAAUUCUGACACAGGCUGCAAAUAUGAAUACCCAGUAAAUCUCAAAACACUUCAUUAUAUUAAGAAAUUUGUUUUGUUAGAUGAAACAAAAUAAAGGCAUUUUUUUCAUUUACUGCAAAUAUGUGCAGUUUGGUUACACAAAAUUAUUCUUGGGAGAUAAUGCACAAAGUGCAAAAGUGAAGAUUUAUUUUAAAACGAAUAGAAAUACUCAGUAUGACAAUGAACUGCAAGUACAUAGAAAGUGUACUGAUUUAUUAAUUUUGAGACUGCAGAUAAAGUGCAUUUAUUUUCAGUGUAAUAGGUUACUACACAGAAAAGUAUUCAAAUAAUUAUUCAUAAAUAUCACCAUUAUGAACCACAUAAAGAAUUUUAUUUUUGUCCCAUGUGGGAAUUAGACAAUGUGAGAAGGACAAACAAUUUCUCUUAUUGAA